UGGGAGGUUGCUGAAUGAUAAGUGGAGCAGUGGUUGGAAGGCGACGUUGGUUGAAGUUAUUCUUUCUGUAGCUUGGUUUUUUGUUUUCUUCCCGGUUUAAAGGCAUCUCUAGUGACAGGCGGUGCUAAGGAGUUAUGUUUGGGAUGUAAAUACCCCUCACCAACUAAUCUCUUGGAUCCUGUUGUGCUAUAACGUUUGGUUGGAAAUGUCUUUGAAAUUGUUAUUGGGUAGUCAGUGUGUCUUCCCAGUUUUGUCCAAGCAAGCUUCUUGUCAUAAGGUAUUGAGAUGGUUUCUGAAAGAAUUUGAUGUCAGUGGGUUAUUGAAUCAGAUGGCUAUCUCUGGUUGCUACUUUCCAUUUGGUGAUUGCUUCUCAUAUGGCCUCUCUUGUUGGUUCCCUGGUUGACAGACGCUCACUUUUUCUGCAUGAGGUCUCCAGAUAAACUAUUGCUGGGGUCAUUUUAUUGGGCAUAGCUCCUCACUGACUUUUUUAGGCAUCUGUAUCUAUUUUUCCUUAAUAAUCUGCAAUUGGCAGAGUUGGAUGAAUCAUGGUCUUCUACCUGAACACAAGGGGUCUGAUUAAGUAUUGGUUGCUUCAGAUUUGUGAUUUUGGCUUUAUGUUUGUACAGAUAAUAGGCCCUAAAAUUUCUUAAUCAUGUUCUGGUACAUCAAUAGAGGAUACAGAUCAUGCACAUAGUUACCUUGAGCUUGUUUUAUAGUUGGGGAUUUGUGGCCUUCCAUUACCAUGGUGGGUACUGGUCGUAACUAUGUUCAUUACUUGUAACAUCGGUUAGUUGCUUCCGGAGUGAACGACUGGCAGGUAUCUUGUGAGAAUGUUACAAUCUUCUGCACUAAUAUCUUGUUUUUGUUCUACUCAUACCUUAUAUGGAGGGAGAGGCCAUUGAUGCAGGAUAUGGGGUGCGCGCAGGUUCUGGUUCUCCUUUGCGCCAUAGAAAGUUUGAUCGUCACUAUGGUUCUGACUUUGAUCAACCGGCUUGGUCUCAACGAGGUCGUGGAUUGAGGGGUGGAAGGGGACGUGGCAGAUUUCGAGAUUCUUCACCUCCUUAUGGCCGAGGAAGGAGCAGUGGCAGGUCCUAUACAAGAAGUUUUGAUGAGCCUGGAUUUGGUCGUCCCCCCUCCAGAGGUGAAGGCAUGAACAGAAAUAACCCAAAUGUGUCUCCAAGGGAAGGAGAUUGGAUAUGCCCAGAUCCCACUUGUGGGAACCUAAACUUUGCACGGAGGGAUUACUGCAAUAACUGCAACAGACUUCGUUUUGGACCUGGUGGUAGUCCUAGAAGGCAUUCUCCAGGUCCAGUUCCACAUGCUCCCGCACCACGCUUCUCUGGUCCACCAAGGAAUCGCUCGCCUGCUAGGGGCAUGAAUGGCUAUAGGUCUCCACCACGUGAUUGGGGAAGAGAUCGUCCUAGGGUGUUCGGUGCUGAUCCACCCAACCUCAGGCACGGAGGAAGGUUUCCAGAUCACCAGAUGCGAAGGGAGAGGCUAGAUAUUCGUGAAGAGGAAGACUACAGGGCAAGAGACAAGUUUGAUGGGCCUAUGCGUUCUGAAUGGGGCCCUAGAGGCCGUGGAAGGGGCUUGUUUCACGAAAGGAGAGGGUAUGAGGGAAGGAAUGAUCGACAUCCACUCUCUCCACCAUCUCAUCGUGGCCGGUGGGGUCGUGAUUUGAGAGAGAGAAGCCGAUCACCAGUUAGGGUUGGACCUCCAUCCAGGGAUUUUAGGAGGGAUGCAUUUAUGGACAGAGGACCAGAUGAUCGACGGGGUAUGGUUAGAGACCGAAUGGAUGAACUGUACUAGCUUGGUUCAGCAUGUGAUGGGCUACCAGCUUGGGGUUCUACUGAGUUUCAUCUAAAUGGUGUUUCUCCUUUCAAGAAGAUAGAUUUUAUCGUUUUUGUAGCAGUCUGGGGUCUUCGUCAG